AUGGCGGCGGUGGUAGCUGCUACGGCGCUGAAGGGCCGGGGGGCGAGAAAUGCCCGCGUCCUCCGGGGGAUUCUCUCAGGAGAGAAGGCUUCCCAGAGCCGGACCCGGGCCCUGCAAAGCCACAGCUCCCCCGAGUGCAAGGAAGAGCCCGAACCCCUGUCUCCGGAGCUCGAAUACAUUCCCAGAAAGAGGGGCAAGAACCCCAUGAAGGCUGUGGGACUAGCCUGGUACAGCCUGUACACGCGCACCUGGCUCGGGUACCUCUUCUACCGACAGCAGCUGCGCCGAGCUCGGAAUCGCUACCCCAAGGGCCACUCCAAAACCCAGCCCCGCCUCUUCAAUGGAGUGAAGGUGCUUCCCAUACCCGUCCUGUCCGACAACUACAGCUACCUCAUCAUCGACACGCAGGCCCGCCUGGCUGUGGCCGUGGACCCUUCCGACCCUCGGGCCGUUCAGGCUUUCAUCGAAAAGGAGGCUGUUACCUUGGUAGCCAUUCUUUGCACCCACAAGCACUGGGACCACAGUGGAGGGAACCGCGACCUCAGCCGGCGGCACCGGGACUGCCGGGUGUACGGGAGCCCGCAGGACGGUAUCCCCUACCUCACCCACCCCCUGUGUCAUCAAGAUGUGAUCAGUGUGGGGCGGCUUCAGAUUCGGGCCCUGGCUACCCCGGGCCACACACAAGGCCACCUGGUCUACCUACUGGAUGGGGAGCCCUACAAGGGCCCCUCAUGCCUCUUCUCCGGAGACCUGCUCUUCCUCUCUGGCUGUGGACGGACCUUUGAGGGCACCGCGGAGACCAUGCUGAGCUCCCUGGACACUGUGCUGGGGCUGGGCGAUGACACCCUGCUGUGGCCUGGUCACGAGUAUGCAGAGGAGAACUUGGGCUUUGCUGGCGUGGUGGAGCCUGAGAACGUGGCCCGGGAGAGGAAGCUGCAGUGGGUGCAGAGGCAGCGGAUGGAGCGCAAGAGCACGUGCCCAUCCACCCUGGGGGAGGAGCGCUCCUACAACCCGUUCCUGCGGACCCACUGCCUGGCGCUACAGGAGGCUCUGGGGCCAGGCCCGGGCCCGGGCCCGGGCCCCACCGAGGACGACUGCUUCUCCCGGGCCCAGCUCCUGGAGGAGCUGCGCCGGCUGAAGGACAUGCACAAGAGCAAGUGAUGCCCCUCCGGCGGCCCCCAGGUGGGGAAGCCGCCCCGCCACCGUCGCUCCACACCAUUCCUCGCCUUGCCACCCGCCACUAUCAUCGGCACCCACAACCCCCACGGGCACCCACAACUGACCACACUGGUCGGGGGGAGAGGAGAGCAGGGACCAGGCCAAGCGACUGGAGAGGCAGGGGAGGAAUUGCGUCUGGUAAAGGGGGAGGGGGGGGAGAGGGAGGAGCCAGAGCCUGCUAACUGGCGGGUCCCCUGGGCGUUUCCCUCGAUGGGGGUAGUCAGUGAGGACAUGACGGAGGCUCCCUGACCCCGCCGCCCUGCGAAGGUAUCCCGCCGGCUGUGGCUCCAGAAGCCAUCCUGAGGCUCCGUCCCUCUUCCCCCGACCCCUUCCCACACGGAAAAAAAGGCUCCCAAAGUAGUGUAAGGUGUGGUGCCUUGAAAAAUGGCGGCUCAAGGAGCCAGCCGGCUCGGUUUUCAGAGAGACACACGCACACUGGCCUCUCCGCCCGCCCGCCCCCGACCUUGGCAUUUUCCGACUGAGCCAUUUCCCGGAAGUCCAAGCCCCUCCACUCGGUAAUCCCCGCCCCCGGGCCCUCUGGCCAAUCCCCUACAGGCUGGAAGUGGGCGGGUCAUAGUUGCCAAGGCAACUUGGCCCUCCAGCUACGAAGACACCUGUGGCUGGUGGUGCGGCACCAGGACAGCCCCGCGGGCCCCGCGAGCUCCCUGCCCUGCAGGCCCGAUGCCGCCCCCUGACCUUUGCCCCUGCCCAGGGCCACAGGGCCCCUCCGGCCCAGGGGAGAGAGCGCCGCGGCCGAGUGGCCACUUUGGAUUCUUUUUUUCAGAAUAUCUGCCUUCCUCCAUCUUCAAUAAUUCCCCUGUGCUGUUUCUCAACCCCCUUUCUCAGUUGCAUACUAAAGACUUAUUUUAAAGCCUCGACAUUCUUCUGGUCCUUCGCAGUUUGCCAAGAGCAGUCCCAAGAGGCUCUUCCUUGGGUCUUUUGGCCCUGUGGGGACAGGGGCGGGGCCUGCGCCUGCACAGCAAAGAGCAGGACAUGCAUCUGGGACCAGAGGGUUCUAGGAAGGCUCCUCCCGGGACCCCUCUGCCACGGGCCGACCCAGUUCCCCGCUGGGUCUCGGGUCCAGGCCCAGGUCUCUUUGGGGGCCGCAGUGAGGAGCCUCGCGCCACCCCGAAACCACUUCUUCCUGUGUGGAAGCCUUCCCUUGGGUUCCGCUCGCCUCUGGUGACCCUCGGGUUGGUCCCUGCCUGAAGUUUUCCCUCCCCCCCUGCCCCCUGCCUCCCCCUCCAGCCACGGCCGCUGGUACCAACACUAGCAAUACCUACCGUCAGACUAGUUAGAACCCCCUUCCCCCAACACGCUGUAUCAUGCCUCCGUGCCUUCGCUCAUGCAGUUUCUUAGGACUGGAAUGCCUUCCCCUGCUCCCCCAGCCGGUCUGCCUGGCAAAUACCAACUCAUCUCCAACACCCACAAAGGCCCUCCUCCUCCAGAAAGACAACCCCAAUGCCCUGCCCCUCCCCUCCAGGCUACCUCUGCUCUUUGUAAAUGCUUCUCUGUGGCACUUAGCACACUGUAUUCUACUUGUUUACAUGUUUGUCUCCCCCCUCUAGACUGUGAAUCCCUAAGGGCAUGGACUGUAUCUUAUGCAUCUCAGUAUUUCUGCGCCUAGCACGGUGCCUGGCACACAGUAGGCGCUUAAUAAAUGAUUAAUGAAUGAAUGAUUUAA